AUGACCUCGAGAGCUGAUAAGCGAGAUGCUCGGCUAAGAGGAUCAGCGUCUCGAUCCUUAGAUACUGGAGAGUUUAAGAUAACUCCUACAGAUUUACCCACUAAUAGUCGUGAACUUAAGAACUUACAAUCUGCAUUAGUUAAGAAUGAAGAUCUCAGUGAUUUACCUCGAAGAGCAAGUUUCUACAGACUGCCAGGUAAAAGUAAAGCUCAUGUAGCAGAUACACCUACACGGACCAAUCCGGUAGAGAAUAUAAGUUCUAUUCAAGCCAAACGUCUUAGCCCUAAGAAGAAGAGGGCACCGUUGAAUAAGACAACACCAUUGGCUAGAAAAUCAGCUGUGGAUAAGAAUACGAUACAAAGAACAUUGAAUACACUCAAAGUUAAACAGCAACAGUUACAACUGUUGCAACCACUGCCACCGUCACAACCUUCUACUACGAAUGUUUCCAAGAACACUGCCAGCGAGAGUAAAGAAGAUGGCAGUGGCAGUUCUUGGUUUGUAAAUAACGGCAACAAACUCAAGCAAUUGCUACGAACCAAGGAAGCACGGUUUGUGCCAACUACCGAGACUCUGGAGCUGAAGCAGGAACGGAUACAGAAGCUGAAACUGCAACAGAAGCUGAAGCCGGAGCCCAAACAAAAGCUGAAACUGAAACUGAAACUGACUGCAAGGAUUACCAAGCAAAGAAAGACUAAUAAAUAUACCAGAACAUCAUCACUAGUUGAAUCUAGUGAUCCUGGCCAAUUAUUUACUCCACCCAUAGCCCCACCCAAAGCAGCCCCAAUUCUGUUGUCGAAAGCCACUUCAAAAGGAAGACAGAGACCCAUGGUAAUCGAAUUGGACCGAUUAAGUCACAGAGGUAAUCAAAAUAAACGUUUCAAAGUCAACCGUUUGGACGCAUUGAAGCAUUUAGUCAAUACUUUUCAGUGUGACCAUCAUCAUAAUGUCACCGAAACAGAAUUUAGACUUAACGUUAUCUCAUAUUUGGACAAUCUUCUAUCGUUAACCUCCAACAUCCAAGACAUUCUGAAACGACUCAAGCAAAUACAACGUGAGAAGAAUGAAUGGAGACAAAAGAUUUUUGAUCUUCGUCAGCAGCACAGUCACAUUGGGAACGAAUUGGGUCAACUUCGACAGAGCCACAACCAAAUCAAAGCAACAUAUGAAGAUACAAAGAAAAUGGUUGAUCUAGCAGAACAAAUCCACAAUACAAAGACGGCAACUGACAAUUCCAAUUCAAAUGUCGCUUAUCUGGCGGAGAUUAUACUGGAAUUGAGUUUCAGAACCAACAUGAUAGAGCAAUUAAAGUUAUUCAACUGCAAGCUACACUAA